AUGAAUCAAACAGGGUGCUUCACAGAUACCAUCUCCUCCGCAAUGCCAGGCAUUCUGUCUGAGCAACAAGAUUCCCUAAAGAAGCGCAAGAGAAACGCAUUGCAGGAAGAAUCUACAAACCCGGCAGACCCAUACAGCACAACCUUUAUUCCAGCAUACCUCCAUACCUCAAACCCCUCGUUCCGAUUAAACUGCCCAGACCUCCAAAAAGAAAACCCAGAGACCUCCCACCGCCACCGCUGCAUCCCCCGAAAGCGACGAGUCCUCCAGCAACCAUACUCCCACCAACAGAACCAACAGCCAUGGCCCGGGUCCGACCAACCGACUUCGGCUAAACUCAUCGCUCCGAAUCUAUACAUCCCUCCAGGCUCGAAUUUCGCCUCGCCGCCGGUCUCGCCGAAAACUAUUGUCCCGUUUUCUUCUUGCCCGCCGAAUCAGCAGAGUCAGUGUACUUCUGCUGCUUCGCUGCGCCCAUGCCAUAUCUGUUAUCGGCGGCCUACGACGAGGGAAUUGCUAGAUGCGUAUGCGGACUGUGAUUUGUGUGGUGAGCGGGCUUGCUACAUUUGUCUGAAACAGUGCGAUGCGGUCGAUUGUCAGGGGUGUGUUAAUCUCGGAAUGAGUUAUUUGAUUAAAGAUGGUUCGGACAGGAUACAGGAGGAUGUUAAUGGGCGGGACUCGGAUAUAAGACAGGCGAGGAAGAUCUGCUCGUGCUGUGCUGUGGAGGGCAUGACGGAGACUGGGAUGGAGGUGGUAAGGUGUCUUGAGUGUGUUCGUGCACAUUUGCCGCAGUGGCAGGCUAUGCCACAGGCGAGUUGA